UGUAUCCUUGUAAUAUGUGUGCUUUCUGUCAUUCAGGCCGGCAGUCUGCUCUCGCAAAUUCAGCUUCAGCUUUCAUCACUGAGACUACACCUUCAUCUGACUGCUGAAGCUUUUCAAAGCUGGACAGAGAAGAGGUGCCAAAGUGAGUCUAAUUAAGAGUCUCUCAAGAUGAAGAAAAGCAGAAGUGCUCAUGGAGUUGUACCUGGCGAGGAGAAUACAGAUCCUCCUGCGGGACAAUACUCUACCGGCAGCACUCUUAGCGUGGAGGUGUGCAAAGUGCACCGCCGCUUUUCUGGUAACCUACAGCUGCCUCCGUUGUCCUGGCGACAGGCAGAAAAGGAGAGGGACCGGGGCAGGCCGCUGACGCCAGAAGAAGAUCCCAUGACCCGAACAAGACCCACAAGUUUGCCCAUCGCCUCCCUACCGCGCAUCGACAUCACGCAGGCCGACCCUGACAGCUUCGAGGUUGAAAAUGGCCCGUCGCUGUGCUGCAGUCCAUCAGACCCGCAGGCUUCUCCAGGCUCCGGAUUGGUCCUGCACCCCAACCUAGCAAGUCACGGCCAGCGCAGAGAGUCCUUCCUGUACCGCUCUGACAGCGACUACGAGCUGUCACCAAAGUCCUUGUCGCGAAAUUCAUCCAUUGUGGGAGAACUGCACAGCGAGGACCUGAUUGUAACUCCAUUUGCCCAGGUUCUGGCAAGCCUACGAACUGUUAGGAACAAUUUCACCACCUUGACAAAUAUACAAUGUGUGUCUAAUAAGAGGUCUCCUGCUGCAAAUCAGCCUUCGGUCACCAAAGUCUGUCUCUCAGACGAGUCCUACCAGAAGCUGGCCAUGGAGACGAUGGAGGAGCUGGACUGGUGUCUGGACCAGCUGGAGACGAUACAGACGUACCGGUCCGUCAGCGACAUGGCCUCCAACAAGUUCAAGAGGAUGCUGAACCGAGAACUGAACCACCUGUCUGAGAUGAGCCGCUCGGGCAACCAAGUGUCGGAGUACAUCUCCAACACCUUCCUAGAUAAGCAGAACGAGUUGGAGCUUCCGUGUCCUGUUCAAAAAGUGAGAGAGAGGAAGAGGAAGCAGAGCCAGCAGCAGCAGGGCGGGAUGAUGACACAGAUCAGCGGGGUCAAGAAGGUCAACCACACGUCGAGCAUAUUGGGAAACGUCGGCAACCGCUUCGGGGUCAAGACAGAUCAGGAAGAGCUGCUCUCAAAAGACCUGGAGGAUAUUAACAAGUGGGGGCUGAAUAUCUUCAAAGUGGCGGAGCAUUCUCACAACCGACCACUCACCUGCGUCAUGUACAGAAUCUUUCAGGAACGAGACCUGAUCCGCACGUUCAAAAUUCCCACGGACACCUUUGUGACCUUCAUGCUGACCCUGGAGGACCACUACCACUCAGACGUGGCGUACCACAACAGCCUUCACGCCGCCGACGUGGCCCAGUCCACGCACAUCCUGCUGUCCACGUCCGCCCUGGACGCGGUCUUCACAGAUCUGGAGAUCUUGGCAGCCAUCUUCGCUGCAGCCAUUCACGACGUGGACCACCCAGGAGUGUCUAACCAGUUCCUCAUCAACACUAACUCUGAGUUGGCUCUGAUGUACAACGAUGAGUCAGUGCUGGAGAAUCACCACCUGGCUGUGGGCUUCAAGCUGCUGCAGGAAGACAACUGCGACAUCUUCCAGAACCUGAGCAAGAAGCAGAGGCAGACACUCCGGAGGAUGGUCAUAGACAUGGUUCUGGCCACUGACAUGUCCAAACACAUGAACCUCUUAGCGAAUUUAAAAACCAUGGUGGAAACCAAGAAGGUGACCAGCUCCGGCGUCCUGCUGCUGGACAAUUACACCGACAGGAUGCAGGUGCUGUGUAACAUGGUCCACUGCGCCGACCUGAGCAACCCCACCAAGCCUCUGGAUCUGUACCGGCAGUGGACCGACAGGAUCAUGGAUGAGUUCUUCCACCAGGGCGACCGGGAGCGGGAGAAGGGGAUGGAGAUCAGCCCCAUGUGUGACAAGCACACAGCUUCAGUAGAGAGGACUCAGGUCAGUUUCAUAGACUUCAUCGUCCACCCUCUGUGGGAGACGUGGGCCGACCUGGUCCACCCGGACGCCCAGGACAUCCUGGACACGCUGGAGGACAACAGAAACUGGUACCAGAGCAUGAUCCCCCAGAGCCCCUCGCCUCCCUUCUACACCAGCGAUGGAGAGGGAGGCCAACACAGUGAAGACGGUCCCCUAGCGAGUAAAUUCCCCUUUGACCUGACCACGGACGAUGGCACGCCGGCGGACACGGCCGUCAGAAGCGACUGUGCGAGUAGAGGCAGUCCCUCUGACCUGGACGGGACAGAAAUGACGACAUGCAACGUCUCGUCCGCAGAAACAUAGCCGGAACCCGUGGCGGUCCCAGAACGGGACGGUUUUUUAUGCUGAAUUUUUGUUUUUAGUUGCAGUGGAGGCAUCCUGCAAUGAGGCUUUUUGGAGCUAUUUGGCAACCAAGGCCUGUCUGAAUGUUGGGCAAACCCCCUGCAAACAAGGCUCAGAAACCCUGUUGCGGUAUGUUUUUGCGUCCCUGGCAAGGGAGAACUGCCGAGGCACGGCUGGAAUCGGAGUCCUAACAGACCGAAAGUCUGGAUUAGUCGGUAUGAAUCUACGAACUGGGGAAAAAAAGACUUCCAAACUUGCACUUCAGGACAUUUUUAUCUUCAUGUAGAAUAUUUGUAAUAUCUCAAGACUAAAUAACACAACCAAAACUACUGGUCAGUAGGCUACUUGUAACCACGUAGUUUUUUUUUUUUAAACAUUUGUCUAAAAAAAGAAGAAAAAAGUGCCUUUUU